UGUUGUGUUUCUGUUAGAUAACUGCACGGGCAAAAGAUUCAUAGAUUUAGAUUUGAGUUCGAUGGUGUAAUGAAGUUUAUUUUCUGGCUAUUGUUGGAGGGGUGUCUAUAAAGUGUUUUGUGUGACUGAACCGUUGACAAUGGAGGGAGGAUCAGCAGCAGCACAGCAGCCAACGUUGGAGCCCGGCCUUAUCGAUGAUGAACGUUCCCCCGGCACAAGGAAGAUGUCAAUUAUUAAUGAGCUGAAUAUCGUGUUCGGCCUCAGGGUGCUCAGCGAUGAAUAAGCUACGGCAGAGCUUCCGGCGGAAGAAAGACAUCUACGUGCCGGAGUCGAGUCGGCCGCACCAGUGGCAGACGGACGAGGAGGCGGUCCGCAGCGGCAAAUGCAGCUUCGCGGUCAAGUACCUGGGACAUGUGGAGGUGGAGGAGUCCAGGGGGAUGCACAUAUGCGAGGAUGCAGUGAAGCGGCUGAAGACGGACAGGAAAUUCUUCAAAGGAUUCUUUGCAAAAGCCGGGAAGAAGGCGGUGCGGGCCGUGUUAUGGGUGUCGGCAGAUGGUCUCCGCGUUGUAGACGACAAAACAAAGGACCUGAUUCUAGACCAGACAAUAGAGAAGGUGUCGUUCUGUGCUCCGGACCGGAACUUUGAGAGGGCGUUCUCUUACAUCUGCAGGGAUGGCACCACGCGACGCUGGAUCUGCCAUUGUUUCAUGGCCAUCAAAGACUCGGGAGAGCGUCUCAGUCACGCUGUGGGUUGUGCGUUCGCCGCCUGUCUGGAGCGGAAACAGAAGCGGGAGAAGGAGUGCGGGGUCACGGCGACCUUCGACGCCAACCGAACCACGUUCACCCGCGAGGGCUCAUUUCGUGUAACCACGGCAACAGAGGCAGCGGAGCGGGAGGAAGUUAUGAGGCAGUUGCAGGAGGCUAAAAAAGCAGAGACGGAUGUGAAGGUCACCGGGAACUCGGCCACCGCCGUGACAAACUCCUUGGCCCACCAGACGGGCGGCAGUUCGCCGUCCCCCUCAUCCUCCCCGCCCCUCUCCCUGGCCACGCUGGGACCCCAGGCGAUACCCCGCCGGCAUGCGCCGGCAGAGGCCCUCGCCCGGCAGGGCUCCUUCAGGGGCUUCCCAGCCCUCAGCCAGAAGACGUCUCCCUUCAAGCGGCAGAUGUCACUGCGCAUGAACGAGCUGCCCUCCACCAUGCAGCGCAAGUCUGACUUCCCCAUCAAAAACACAGUACCCGAGGUAGAAGGUGAAGGUGACAGCAUCAGUUCGUUGUGUACUCAGAUCACAUCAGCCUUCAGCGGACCCCCAGAGGACCCGUUCUCCUCGGCACCGAUGCCCAAGCCCACCUCGUCCCCACAGUCUCCUGUAGCACCAGUGAACGGCACUGCUCCCGCCUUCUCUGUUGCUGCUGCUGCUGCUACCCCUAACCCCCCAGUUCUGCCCCCUGCUCUGCCUGCUCGAGAAACUAACCCCUGGGCCAAGACCCCAGCGGGGGCCCCGGCCUCAGCGCAGCCAGGAGGUGACUGGUCGUCUCCCACUCCGGUGAUCAUCGUCCCCCCCCCCUCGUCCUCCCCGGUCAUGCCCUCUCACAGACGCACGCCGUCGGAAGCCGACCGGUGGUUGGACGAAGUCACCAAGUCUGUCCGAGCUCCGCAGUCUUCUCCGGUCAUGUCGGCAGCGUCUCCUCCUACCCAGGCGUUCGCCGCCCCCGUGGCGAUACCCGUGGCUUCCGCCCCCUCCGUCCCCUACAUGUCCUCUCUGCCCCCCGUCGUGCCCAUGUUGCCCCCCCGCCAGGUUCCCUUCCACGGUCAGCCUCCGGCGUCCUAUCCAAUGUCCAACGGGCUGCCGUUCCCUCAGCCCAGCGUGCCCGUGGUCGGCAUCACUCCUUCACAGAUGGUGGCCAACGUGUUCGGCUCGGCCACGCAGCCGCAGCCAUUCCCCGUCCCCGCGUCGACAACACCGCAGCACGACGCCCAGUCGCUCAACAACGUCAGCCCUUUCAUCAAACCCCCGCCGUCCGCCGUCAUGAACCCUGUCCACCUCCAGUCAUCCAAUGGAGGUGUGACCUUCAACGGGGCGGAGAGCUGGGCCGCUCCAUCCCACCUCGCUCCAUCCUCACCAGCCGCCCAGCCGCCGCUGCCACAGCCACAGGAAGAUGCCUUCGAGGCCCAGUGGGCAGCCCUGGAGGGCCGCUCGCGCCAGCGCACCACCCCCUCCCCGACGAAUCCCUUCUCCACCGAGCUGCACAAGACCUUUGAGAUUCAGCUCUGAAGAUUGUGCGCGACGUGAGAAAGUAACGGACAUGAAGGAGAGUGAGCACAGGGCAGGUGACUGACGACAGACGAGAGGGGGAACAGUCUCUCUCCCUCUCUUCUUCUCAGUUUCCAGUGGACAAAGCUCAGCGGGGCUGAAGAGAACUGUCGGGGACAACGGAGAGCACGAGCGAAUCGACAGGGAGAUGGAACUCUGCACAGCGCCGAGCGGCGAGUGAAGAUAAGAAACUAGACAGGGGUUGCUGUUAACAAGCGCGCUUCUCCCCGGGCAUUUCAUUAGCAUCGUCUGUGUUGUUUUGUUUGUGCUGCGGAGCGCAAGGUCGUCUAUGCCCUGUGGAGGAAUACGUGUGCCAAGCCACACCUAGCCCCAUGUCGACCCCCCCCCCGCCCGCCACCCACCCACCUUCCUUUGCUUGGUCGAGCUCCUGGUGCCGCCCCCUGCUGAAAAAAGGACGAGACCCCCCCCCCCCCCCCCCCCCCCCCCCCCCCCUUACCUGGCAGAGGAACUGCAGCACUGAGAGAGAACUCAGCUUCCAGAUGACAAGUUCUCCUGAAUAACUUUCCAAUCGGACGACUGGAGCGAGACAAAUGCCAAAAUCUUUAUUUUUAUGCAUUAAGUAUAUUUUAAAUAGCUUUGGAAUCUUAACAAGAAGAGUUGUAAGUAAUCUUGCCAAAGGCACAGGCUAGCUACAAUGAGACAAGUUCUACGUUCGUGUAUACAAGAAAGAAAUGACCCUAUAUAUUAUACAUAAAUAUAUAUAUAUAUAUAUCUAUAAAGAAUCUAUACUGUACACACACAGCUCACAGCAGUGCUAAUUUUUAAUGUGAUGUAAAGAGAUUUCGUGAAGGGACAGCUGCUUUACUGUUGUGUUUUUAUUUUUUCCGAAGACAAAUCUCUUUUUGCCGUCUACUGCAUCCUGUGAUCGGAUGCGAAGCAUCUCACUGUAACUACGGUAUCAUUGCAGCAACAAUCAAUGUGGACCUAGCAGCGGCGGCGGUGGUGUUGGUGGUGGUGGUGCCCGACCAGUUGCCUCUCUCUUACCUGUACUCGGUUUUUUUUUUAUAUAUAGUUUAGUACACAUCAGUACUUAACAUUUUACUCCCCCUGUUCAUUUUGUGUGAUUACAAUCUUUUUUUUCUCUUUCUUUUAACACAGUAGAAUGUGUCUUCUUUUUGUAAGUAGUUGAUUUCUUAUUUUUAUUUUAUUUUGCACAAGCACUAAAGUAGAUGACUUGACUUCACAGGUGACCUUGAUCGACAUGUUUUAGUCAGUUGUUGUGUUGCACGCUGACCUUGCCCUGUCCUCCGUCAGCCUGCCGUGGUUCUGACGCUCAGCAGAAAAAACCACAGCGAGAUAAAUCGAUUUUUUCAUCUCUCACGGGCUGAUUUCUCUCUCUCUGUCCUUUUUGGUUUUCAUUGUUGUUUUUAAAUCAAAACAUGUGAAUAUGAUCUAAUCUCUUAAUCUAUUUUUCCAUUUUGUAAUUAUUUCAUUACUUUUAUUCCACUUCUUUGGAGAAAUACUGAAGCUAAAAGAUUGAAUAAAUUGGUGGUGGUAGAGGAAACAAAA